UCCAUCUUCUUGCUCUUCUUCCUUGAUUUGUGUUUCGGAUCUGAUUCUCUCUCUUUUUGAACUCUUUUCGCUUGCGUGUUUCGCUUGGGGACUUUUGUGGUUUCCUUUUGGUUACUUGUUCUUUUUUAUUCUAGGAAUUUUGAUUUUCUGUUUUUUCUUGAUUUGCUUUGUCUGGCUUUACUAGUUGUGGUUGGUUGACUUUUUCUGAAUUUGGAUGCUCUAAUUGUUGAGGUGAUUGAUUUUUCCGGAACACAAGGCUGUGAGGAUUUUUGAAGGAUUUAGGAAAUUCAUUUGAAUUUUAAUCCGAGCAACGAGUUUUGGAUUAAUUUGUCUCGAUGUUCCUACUUGGACGGAAUGAUUUUAUUUCGAAGUGUUUAAACAGUGAAGUGCAGUCUAGAUUUGUCGUGUUUAGGCAUGAUACGGCAGAAUUUUUUUAGAUGUUUGGCAACACUGCGCGGAAGGGGAAUUUUGCUUCACGUGAUAGUUUCCGGAUGAGUCUGCGGUCCUCGUACUAUAUUCAGGAAAAUCUGAGAGAAGAGCCAUGUUUCUACCGAGAUUGGCUGGAACAUCUGAUAAUUUUGUAGAAAGAAUUGAAGAAUUUGAGGCCUCAGCUGUACUCUGCUGCUGAAUAUUGUGAGAAAACCUAUCUUCACAGUGAGCAGAAGCAAAUGGUGGUGGACAACCUAAAGGACUAUGCUGUUCGGGCCCUUGUUAAUGCUGUCGAUCACCUUGGUACAGUGGCUUACAAGUUGACAGAGCUUCUCGAGCAGCAAACAUCAGAUGUGUCAACCAUGGAGCUUAAAGUCUCUUGUCUAAAUCAGCAACUGGUUACAUGUCAAACGUAUACGAGCAAAGAAGGCCUCAGGCAGCAGCAGCUGCUGGCAUUGAUCCCAAGACAUCAUAAGCAUUAUAUAUUACCAAAUUCUGUCAGCAAGAAGGUACAUUUUAGUCCACAUAUACAAACCGAUGCUAGGCAGCAACCCUUUCAAGCAAGAGGUCGUCUUCAGCCCUCAGGCAUUCCUGCAUCGAAGACACUUUCAUGGCAUUUAGCCUCAGAGACAAAGUCAACAAGGAAAGGUGUUUCACAUUCUUUAAACUGUAAUGAGGACCAAAAAAUUGCAGAAAAAACUUCUGGAAUUUUCCAUCUUAUAGAUAACGAUGCUACCAUCCGACCGAAAUAUCCAGCUGGUCACAUUCAGCCGUCGAAUGGAUUUCCUGCUUCAAGUGCAAUUUUGCAAACGCUAGGUGGUACACACAGGGAAGCGUUCGAGGGUUCCAAGCAUUUGACAGCAUUCAGGUCAUUUGAUGCUCCAAAUCGACAAGAAAGAGUACACGUUCCUGCUCGCAGCAAAAGUGUGCUAUCCGCUUUCUUUGUAAAACAGAAAACGCCAAAACUGAAGGCAGGUUCGGUCUCGUGAAUUCUUCUUCGACAAAAAUUACCAGCAAUAACCUCAACUGUCAUGGCGCAAAUUCUACGUGUAUUGUAUCUUCCUCCGAUCUCUGUCCAUUUUAUUCUCUUUUAUGUGCAUAAAAGUAAUAAGGAUUUAGGGAAGAUGGUAGUCAACGGUGUCUAUCCGUCAAUUCCUGCUUGAUAGCAUAAUUGAUAGGUUUGGUUCUUUGGACGGUUCAUUUUCUGAAUUGGUAUUUUGUGGCUAAUUGAUUGGUUACCUUCACAACCCUGGUCUCAUCGUGGCGAUGAAGUCCAAUGGUCUUUAGAGAAACAAUUAUGUAAUGAUUAUAUGGAAGAUUUUCAUUCUACAGUAGAAAAUCUGGUCACCAUGGAAUGGAAUAAAAAACUACAGGUCAAGAAUUAGAAGACUUACCUAGAAACUUGACAACUUUCUUAGGAUAUUUGAUUUGUAGUUUGGGUUGAGUUGGUUUGUGUUCGUGAUAGGAUCAAUAAACCUAUAGCAUGAAACAUGUGUGUGCAAACAUGGUUUACCGAUCACGAGCUUGAGUCUCACAAUCGUGCUUGCAUAUUUUUAUAUUUCAGAAGAAAAGAAGGGUAGGGAGCAAUUGAAUCCAAAAUUGGCAUCACAUGAUUGUAAUUUUAUAUUUACAAUGAAAAAUUAGUAUCUUUCUUCUA